UCUAUAAACAUUUUCAUUAACUUUCAGAUUCUGCCCAAAUAUCUCCAAAUGCAGAAGGCUUGCAAGGAAACUCUGAUAUUCCGAGUGAACCGGUCGUUAUUAAGAGGUCAGGGGUACGGACAAGAGGAGGUAAGCGUGGAGGUAGAAAGCCUCAGACUCGGCUCAAAGCAAUAGCUCCGAGCUUGCCAAAAAUGGAAACUCCUUUACAACUACUUAUAGUGAGCAAUGAUCAACAAUCAAAGUUACCGACAGUUAAUACAAUUGAACAACUGACAAACAGACCGACUGCAUUGUCCUGUCAUACCAUCCAAAAGGGCGAUGCGGCUCCAGUUGUACCUUCUUGUGAGAAAGAAAGUUCAGAAAACGCUUGCAAUAAAAUUCCCUCUUCUAUUGAAAAUAAGCAAAUAGGCCAGGAGAGUUUUGAAAAGGAGUCAACAAUACCUAAAUUGAACGUUCCACAAGAAGAAGAAACUAAAGUCACAGAAGAAUGCACUCCAGAACAGAAUAACAGUUCUACAGUGAACUUUAAAGAAAGGCUUAGUUUAAGUUCACCAAGGCGAGGGAGUCACGUACGUACUUUAGAAUUUAACACACCGCCGAAAGGAAUAAAUACAAGAAAGGCGAACACGUCUCCUAAGAAUUCAGCCAAAAAUAGGAAUGUUACGCAGAGAUUGCUCAGAAAUUUUAGAAGAGGUGGCUUAUUCAAUUCGCCGUCACCUACCAAAUCUCACGAACACGUGCAAAACACUGAAUCUCAAUCACAGUGUCAGGUAGAACAGACUGUGAAACCGAAAAAACCAAAUGCUUGGGAUUCCGAUCUCAGGGUUUACACUGAAAACGAGGACAUACCCACAUCAGUGGGACUACAGAGGAAAAGAUCUGCAAACACAAAAGGAAAAGAUAAAUUAACCUGUACCGACAAAAUUUCUGAUAAAACUGAUAAACCUACACCUUCAAAUACAUAUUUAUGUAGGAUAGAAGAAGAGGGUUUAAAUGAAUCUUCUCGGUGCUCACUUGAUGGUGAAGACACACCGUCAAAAUCAAAUAUUUCUACUUUGGAAAAUGAAAAAACAGUAGUACAAAGUGAAAUAUCUUGUGUGGAUGGAGACUUUUUAAACACUCACAGUGCUAAUUCUGACGUAAAAAGUACAAAUGAAGAUAACGCUUGUCAUACGCCACCUGAUUGUUUAUCACCUGCACAUCAUUUAUCUUUGAAGAAUAACACAAGCCUAUUGGCAAGUUGCACUAAGUCACCUGGUUCAUCAUUGGAAUCGACCCUCAUAAAAGAAUGCGCUAGGAUUGAAAAUCUUAAUACAAACAUGUUAGAAAAUGAAGGAUUAAAUAAAGUAAAUGAGAAACAGCAUACAUUUACCACACCUUUUAAAAUUGAGCAAGAUGUCAAAAUGAUGUCUAAAAAUGAAUUGUAUAAAUUUCAGACACCGGCUAAAACAUUGUUAACCCCAAAUUCCAAACAAACAGUCGAAAUGACUCCAAUCUCUCAAAUAAGGUGGGAAAUUAAUGAAUUGGGCAAAACUAAAUUGGUUACACCUACACUUCCUCAAACCCCUAAGGACGAAGUCCAUCUUGACGAAGAAGUCUCCCCACCUUCGGAUAAAAUGACAGAUAUCUCAAAAGAAUCUACAGUAAAGGUAACUAAGGGAAAACCGAAAACUGUCACUAAGAAAACCCAAAGGACGAAAAUUCAGAAAAAACCAAGUCCAAACUCUACUGUAGUAGCAGUCGAACUCGGUGCCAAAGCAAAGCUUAAAAAAUGUACAAAGAACAGAAACAUCCAAGAAAAAGACUUUGAUGUAGAAAAAACGAUAAAAAAAUGUCUCAAACAAGCUAAAAAUAUAAUUUAUGGGAAAGGUAAAGGCACACCUUGUAAUUUAAGUUCAGAAACAAAAGAAGACGAUAAAUCAUGCGGUAUGAAAACUCGUUCAAGAAAGGCUCAAACGGUGAACAAAUCGCCAACUGGAAUUCAUGAUAAAUCCAUUCCUGAAAAUGUUGACGAAAUCGAGUCAGCCAAAUUACCCCAUCAAUUGAAAGAUCCAGAGCUUGUUCCAAAAAAUGUAACUAGGCAAAUAGAUAUUGCAGAUGAAGAAAGUGGAGGCAGUUUUCCUCAUUUGUAUUUGAGUGAGGAUGAAGUUACCCCAACUGAUAGUUCACAAAGGAUUUCUAACGUACAAGUUGUUUCAGAAUCAUCAUCGGUUAGCAAAAAAAUUCCGUCAUGUCAUCAAAAUGAAAAAUCUUCGCCAUGUCCAUCCAAUGAUAAAAAAGUUACUGGGGAAAAUCAUGAAAUCCUUUUAAAAAAUAAGCUUUUAGUAGAUAAUAAAACCAACAAUAACAUUAUUGUUAAAAAUAAUAUUAGGAAUCACAUAGAGAAUUUCAAAUAUACAUUUUCAGUAAUUGACGAAGAUAGUGGAGAAUAUGUAUCAAAAGAUUUAAAAAUAAGUCCAUUUUUAGAUUUGUUUGAACUUCCCCCUACUAAUGAAACUAGACCCAGCAAAUAUUCUGAUGAGAAUAAAAAUAAAACGAAAGAAGAGGAAGUUACGAAGUCAAAAAGUUCUCAUCAGAAAGAACACGUAGAAUCCAACAAAAAACAAGAAAAACGAAGUUUCAAUUUUGAGCUUUCUUCUGACAUCGACAAAAGACGGCGUGUUCGUUCUUCUUGCUCUAGCAAUGAAGAGUUUGAUACUCAAAGGAGAAAAAGACAGUGUUUGAGCAGGUCAAGUUAUAAAGAGGCAUAUUCGCAAAGUGCCCGGCGUAAAGAUUACGAUCGUCAUUUCAAGGAAAGAGUGCCAUAUUCUCGGAGGCGAGACAAAACACCUUUUUCCUCGAGGAGGCCUAGAUAUUCACGUGAUGUCGAAGAUUCAAGAAAACAUAGCAAAUCGUGGUCGGAUGAACGGAACGAUUAUAGAAGGAAAAAAAGUUACAAUUCACCUUACAAAGGUAACUCAUCGGACUGGCAUCUAAAGGACAAUUUUGAAGAAGAUGCAUAUAAUAAAUCAAAAGAUGGCAGGAAAACCAAACCGUCUGAGUAUUAUUCUAAAUACCCAGAAAAUAGAAGAAGUGAGAAAGAGGACCUGCUUCAGUUGAAGAGCAAAGAAAUCCAAGAAAUAAUUAACCAAAAUAAGGAAUUGAAUAGACGGCUGCAAGAGCUAGAAGGGAACAAUAAAGCGCAUAAACAAAACGAAUCAUGCAAGGAAGAGGGAGAACUUUCAGAUACGACUUGCAGUGUGUCACCCAAAAGGAAAAAACCUUACAGUAUAUUCUCCAAUAAAAAACUAAGUCUCGUCCACUCCUCUUCGGUUGCAGAAGAUUGUCGAACAACUCUGCUUAAAGAAUUAGACGUUGAUAGCUUCUUAUCAAUAGUGCACGGUAGUGACGAAAAUAAGCCUAUUUAAUUAUUUAAGUCUUGUUAACAGUUUUAUUGUCAAAAUUAAUAUUCUCUUAUUGUGAAUAGUUUUUGUACCUGUACAUAUAUAUAUUGUUUUGUAUAUGCAUAUAUCAAUGUAAA